AAUGCUUCAAUCAUUGUAACGUUGCUUGAUAAAGACCGGAGAAUCACGGUAAGAGAAAUUGAGGUGAAGACAGGAAUCUUGAAAACGAGUCAUAUUUUAACACGGGUGCUAGGCAAACGAAAGGUCGCGGAUCAUCAAACUUCUCAAAAAGUACGGCUGGGAACAGCUCCGCCACCUGGCUUAUAGUCCCGAUCUGAGCCCACCCGACUUCGAUCUCUUCCCCAAGCUGAAGGAACCUCUUCGGGGGUGCAUUUUCCAACGCUGGAAGAGUGCCAAAGAGAAGUGACCCGACAGAUUCGGAUGCUCAAUAAGAAGGGGACGCCGAACGGAAUCCAAGCACUUCCAAGCCAUUGGCAAGUGUGCAUCGAUAAGGGAGGGGAUUAUUUUGAAGGCCUGUAAUCAUUUGUAUCUUCUUCAAUAAAUAUUUUUCGAGUUAGAGCCAACUGUGCAUUACUUUUGGGACAACCCUCAUAUUCCUAGUAACAAACUUUUAGUUACACAUAAGUAAAAUUGUUCUUUCUUUAUAUUUAGUUAUCGAAUGUAGUAAUGGUCCGAGCGGCGUCACUUUCGUGAAACAGGGAAAUAAAUUUACGCUCACGUGUAAAGUUCCGUUGGCCGGACUUCACAUGUGGUACAAAGAUGGCAAACUCAUAUCGCCGAACGUCGUCAAUAAUUAUCACCUAGCUCAAGAACUCGUUUCCGGAAAUGACCAAGAGAAAGAAUUACUCGAAUUUUACAUAUUAAUGAAACUAUCCGUGGAACGGGCAGACACCUUUCAUUCGGGAGAAUAUAAAUGUAGUAGUGUCAGUCCUUUUUCUCAACACAUUAUUGUAAUAAAUGAUAACAUGAUAAAAACAAAUGAAGAAGAAGCAGGGAAAGGAUUAACUCUUUUACCGGGGAAAGAACUCGUUCUUCAAUGUGAAACAACCGUCUGCGUAAAUUGCACUGUGGAAUGGUUGAAAGAUGGAGAACACUUAAACAAGUCAGACGAGAGAAUUCGUAUCUACGACACAAAUAAUUCAUUAAUCAUCUCUCCGGCCCGAGUAUCGGAUACGGGGGAUUACAUGUGUUUCAUUAACAAAUCCAUCAUUGGCGAAUUUAUAAAUGCCACGAUCAUCGUAAGACCAAAGACUCAAGUGGAACAGUUCGACAAGUCUAUCAAUUUGGUACAGGGUAACAAGUUAAAUUUGCACUGCAAUGUCAAAGUGGGCAUUCCGGUUCCCACCAUUUCUUGGUACAAAGACGGACAGUUAUUAAAUGGCAGUGACGAUCACAUUGGAUUUUCAGAAGACGACAAAGGAAUUCCGAAUGCGAUUCUUACAAUAGACGAAUUAGAAUUCACCGAUCGUGCUAACUACAUGUGUGAAGCAGACAACGGAAUUAGCAGUUCUAAUGCUACAACUCUCGUCAGAGUAAAAGAUAAGCUUGCUGCCCUGUGGCCGUUUCUUGGAAUCUGUGCAGAAGUCAUCAUUCUCUGCACCAUCAUAUUUAUUUAUGAAAAGAGAAAAGUCAAAGAAGUCACUAAUACCGACGUGGACCAGAUUGCAGAAAGCAGGAAUGUACCCGAGAGAGGAAGAAGUCAGGAGAUCAGGCAGAGGAAAUAAGCGAGGAGAAACUAGGUCCCGAUGGUUUACAUUUAACUAACUAAAUGUAUAGAAAACAGUUACAAAUAUGUUAAUACGUAAACAAAAUUGUGAAGAACGACCGCGUAGACGUGAGUGAAAAUCGUGUACAUAAAUACAACGAAAUAUCUUAAAUACCCCACGUGUAAUGAUGUAUGUAGACUAGUUGCAACCCCUUUAGGCCAUAGACCCAUCCGCGUCGAGACAAAAGUGCACGAGACGAAGCAGUUUAUUUUUAUCACAUAAAAAUGCAUAUCCGAUCCGCCCGGAGUUGUUGCCCGUGUUUCGUUUUCUGGAGCCCACCCGAGACAAAAACCCGUUUGGCGAUGAGCCGACUGGCAAAAUUCAUAUGUUUCGGGGUGCAAGUUCUGGCAUAUUUUAAAAUUAUAAUUGGCAUCGGUGUCAUUCCUUUUCUUAUGCGCGGAAAGAACCGUUGUUGCAAACUGUAAUAUUUAAAUAUAAAUAUUGUUGUAAAAUUAAUCUAUAAAUGUUAACCGCUCGCAGAUGCUUAUUUUUUUAGACCAGAAUUCUAAACCAACGCCCGCAUCAGCGAGUGGAGCUGUUCUCUCAAAACUGCGUGGCGGAGCCGUCGCCGACGUCGAGCAAUAAUACUUGUUCGUUUCGCUUUCGACCGGCCGCACCCAGCA